ACGGAGAGCAGCCACGAGACUUGCUGGGACCUGCGCUGACGAUUGCUGCACAAGAUGACAGCAAAGGACGGGCCCCAAGAUAGGUACAAGGCUGUCUGGCUCAUCUUCUUCAUCCUUGGCCUGGGAACGCUGCUGCCAUGGAAUUUCUUCAUGACUGCCAGGGAGUAUUUCAUCCACCGCCUCGCAGACCCGGAGACGAGCCGCCUCUGGAACGAGACCAGUGGGGCUGCCUUGCCCAUCUCCUACCUGCAGUCCAUGUUUGACAACUUCAUGACUCUGUGCGCCAUGGUGCCCCUCCUCAUCUUCACCUGCCUCAACUCCUUCAUCCACCAGCGGAUUCCCCAGCAGAUCCGCAUAUUGGGCAGCCUGGUGGCCAUCGGGCUGGUGUUCUUAGUCACCGCCAUCAUGGUGAAGGUCGACAUGGAGCCUCUUCCCUUCUUCAUCUUUACCAUGAUCAGCAUUGUCUUCAUCAACUCCUUCGGCGCCAUCCUCCAGAGCAGCCUCUUUGGGCUGGCAGGGCUCCUGCCUGCCAGCUACACAGCUCCCAUCAUGAGUGGGCAGGGCUUGGCCGGCACCUUUGCCGCUUUGGCGAUGAUCUUCAGUAUUGCCAUUGGCGCCCAGCAACCUGAGAGCUUCAUUGGUUACUUCACCACCGCCUGUGUGGCGAUCGUGCUGGCAAUCAUCUCCUACAUCGUUCUGCCUCGCAUGGAUUUCUUCCGAUACUACUCCAUGAAGGACAAGACAGAGUACCAUGUGUACAAUGCAGAGCUGGAGACCAAAAGAGACCUGAUUAAGAAAGAUGAGCCCAAUGGGAUGGAGCAGAAUAACUCGAAGAUCAUCCCUGUCCGCAACCCUGACAAGAAGCCCUCAGUCGUCGCUAUUUUUAAGAAGCUGUGGGUCAUGGCUGUGUCUGUCUGCUUCGUCUUCACUGUCACCAUCGGCGUCUUUCCUUCCAUCACAGCUAAGGUGUCCACUGUCCUCGGAGAGGGAAACACAUGGGGUCUCUACUUCAUCCCUGUCUCCUGCUUCCUUCUCUUUAAUGUCUUUGACUGGACAGGACGGAGUCUCACCGCCCUCUUCACAUGGCCCGGGAAGGACAGCUGCCUCCUGCCAGUGAUGGUGGCCCUCCGUGUCAUCUUCAUCCCCCUUUUCAUGCUGUGCAACGUGCAGCCCCGUGACUACCUGCCUCUCGUAUUCUCUCACGACGCCUGGUACAUCACCUUCAUGAUCUUCUUCUCCAUCUCCAACGGCUACCUGGCCAGCCUUUGCAUGUGCUUCGGGCCCAAGAAAGUGCUUGCCCACGAAGCGGAGACGGCUGGAGCCGUCAUGGCGUUUUUCCUGUCGCUGGGCUUGGCCCUAGGAGCUGCCGUCUCCUUCCUGUUCCGAAUUCUCAUCUAG